GAUUCCGGAAGUCCGAUGUUGUAAGAGCAAGAUUUGUUUUCGGCUUCUAAUUCUUGACAGCUUUAUUUGCCUCCGGGCUGCAGAGGAAACUUAAUGUAGCUAAUUGUAUUUUUUUAAAGGCAACGCUUUGACAUUUUUUACAAACUGAGUGGGAUGGUAUCAUGGAGGAAGACCACCAUCGAGACAGAGAAGCUCAGGCAGUGAACAUUUCUGAUCCUCCAGCGGAGAACAAUCCACCUGCCGACACCCUGGCCACUUCUCUCUGUCUUUUGGGGAACCACAUGUUUCCCGAUUCAGUGGCGACGAAUGCUUGCAGCGGCGUCAACCGGAGCGAGCCGGCCAGUUUGCAGCCGUCUGAUGUUACAGCAGAGGAUCCGGGUCCGGAGGCAGAACCUCCUUCCAACCUGGGAACUGAGUCAGAGACGCCAGACUGUCAGAACAAUCUGCCGGCCCACUCAGCUGGCAGAGGGACCGAAGAUGCUGGUGUUGAGAACGAUCAGAGCGACUCGGGGGAGUUUGUUGUUACAAUGCUGGCCAAGGCCAAGCUGGAGGAACAAGGUAUAGGCGUGAAGGGAAGAUCGUCUCCGUUGCUGGAGGCGGGAAUCCAGGAGUCUCCUUCGUUCACUUCUCAUCGAGACGAGGAUGUUACGGCCGACAGCUGGCGGCGACACAGGAAGCACGUUUUUGUGCUGAGUGAAGCCGGAAAGCCUAUUUAUUCCCGAUACGGCAGCGAAGAGGCUCUUUCUUCCACCAUGGGCGUCAUGAUGGCGCUGGUGUCGUUUGUCCAAAGCGGAGAUAACAUCAUCCGCUCAGUGUAUUCAGAGGAGCACACGGUGGUGUUCCUGCAGAAAGGACCCCUGGUUCUGGUGUGCGUCUCCAGCAGUCGUCAGUCUGAGCAGCAGCUGCGUGAAGAACUCCUCUACGUGUACCACCAGAUCAUCAGUAUGCUCACCCAGGCCAGCAUAUCCCGCAUCUUUGAGCACAAGAAGAACUACGACCUGAGGCGACUCCUGGCCGGAUCCGAGAAGAUCCUGGACGGCCUUCUCAACCUGGUGGAUUCGGACCCGAGCUUCCUGCUGGCAGCCGUGCACUGCUUGCCUCUGGCCUCCUCUCUCAGGGACUCUCUCAGCCAGAUCCUGCAGAAAGCGAUCACCCCCAACCUGGUUUUCUCCAUCCUCGUCGCCAAAAACCAGCUGCUAACCAUCGUCCAGGAGAAGACGGUGAUCGAGGAUGCGAGGCUGGCGCCGGCUGACGUCCACCUGCUGCUCAACCUCAUCGGAGCCUCGUCUGCGUUUCAGGCCGGGGAGAUCUGGACUCCGAUCUGCCUGCCCCUCUUCAACCCUGACUGUUACUUUUAUGCUUACAUCUCCUACCUGGACCCGCCGGAGUGUACCGUUUGUUUGCUGCUGCUUUCCACGGACAAGGAGGCUUUUUACGCCGUAGCCGAGUGCAAGAGGAAGAUCGAGGAGGCCAUGUUGGCGCAGAACUCCCUGAGCCUCAUUGCCAAAGCUCAGUCGUACAGCGUGAGCCAGGUCGGUGUGUCGGACCUCAGGCACUUCAUGUACAAGCCCUUCGACGUGCCGGACAACCACCGCCAGCUCACUCAGUUCACCAGUCCUGAGAUGGAGGCUCCCUACGGCAGCGAUGAGGAGAAAAUGCGGCUCCUGGAUUUGUAUCGUUACAUGCACAGCCGCAUCCACAGCACCUCACGGCCCCUGAAGCUGAUCUACCACGUCGCUGAGAGGGAGACUCUGCUGGCCUGGGUGACCAGCAAAUUUGAGCUCUACACCUGCUUCAGCCCUCUUGUGACAAAGACCUGUGCCAUUACUGCCAUCACUAAGCUUCUGAGAUGGAUUAAAAAGGAGGAGGACCGCCUCUUCAUCAGAUACCCUCCUAAGUAUUCAACCACUCCGAACCCCAGCAAGAGCUCAAGGAGCAGCAGAUCCGAGCAGCAAGACACCACAGAUAACGGCUUCCUAUCUCUGCUAUAGGACUCUGCUAGCGCUGCUCUGAAGCCGCUGCCUCACUCAAUAAUCAUUUUUACGGUGACUCGCUGGUGUUUUUCAAAAUCAGUUUUUGAGAGGUAUUGGACUUGACGUAAACUGACGAGUAGAACCAAACACUACGUUUAGGCUAUUUAAAAAGUCUCCAGUAUUCUCCUCUUACUGGGAGCGAGAGCAUGUUGUUGCAUCACUGCUUUCCUUUAGAGACAGGUUGGGGCGAAGCGGCAUUCGUAAGUUUUAGUUUGAACUGUGGUAGAAGCUAAUUGAAAAAAAAAAAUAAUAUUUAAGUGAAAAAGUUUUUAUAUUGUUUUAUUACAGAAAAAAAAAGAGAGAAAUUUUCCUCACGGGCUGUGAAUGUAUCACUCAGAUGGCAGUUCGAAUCAUAAGCUACAUCCGUAGAGUUCAUUUGAUCAAAAAAAAAAAAAGAAGUAGGUCACAUGUAAACGUUUUGGGAAGCGGGGAGUUUGCAAUAGUUAUUAUUUUUUGCUUUAAGAUUCACAGAAACUGGAAUAAUGACACUGGAACUGCCACAUAUGGACUCUCAGAUCAUGUUUUAAAACCAACGGCAGAGUUUCGUUACUGCUGAUAUUUAUACAUCCAGCUGAAAGAAAAGUUACACAUUUUAGUCCGAUAACAAAGCAUUCCCAUCCUGGUGUCUAGUCAGAAUCAUCGGCACAUACAGACAACUUGAUGAGUUUAUUCACAAAGACAAAUUCAGACUUCACAUCAUGUUUAUCUGCAGAUCAUCUCAUCUAUGAAGAGUUUGGCUGUUUUCUCUUUAUGAAUGAUGUCUUCAUACUUUUGUCUCCUGAGGAAUUUUCAUUCAUUUCAAGUCUGAAGAGUAUGUUUGGUUUCAUGAAAUAAAUUUCAGAUUGCACAUA